CUCUCACUCCAGUCAUGACCUCCUCCGGCCCCACUAGAGAUUCCUCGCCCUUUGCUCUCCAAUCCUUUUCCUAUGGCAAAUCCCUCGUCCGCCUCCUACGGGUGGUUCGCCAUACCCCGACUCACCACCAUAUCGUAGAGUACACUGUUGCGACGCUCCUCUCAGGCCCAUCUCUUGCCAGCAGCUACACUGAAGGGGACAACUCCCUAGUCGUGGCUACGGACUCGCAGAAGAAUACGGUCCACUUCCUAGCAAAGACUCUACCGCCCGAAGAGGUCUUGUGCCCAGAAAAGUUUGCGCUGAGGAUUGCGGCUCACUUCCCUACCAAGUACGCCCAUAUUGAGAAGUGCGAGGUUGAAGUUGUGUCGCAUAAGUGGUCAAGAAUCAAACUCGACGAAGCAGGAGCGAAUGAGGAGGAGCACUCCUUUGUUCGCGAUGGCGAGGAGAAGCGCACAGUGCAAGUCGUGGCCGAGCAGCAGGGCAGCGAUAAGGCCAUAGCGAUCACUAAGCUUCAAUCAGGCCUCAAGGACCUGCUCCUCCUCAAAUCAGGAGGAUCAGCAUUCCAUUCUUUCCUGCGAGACGAAUUCACCACGCUGCGUGAGGUGAAUGAUCGCAUCUUCUCGACCGCCGUGGACUGUCGGUACGACUACGCCCUGCCCGCCGCCUCCUCUGCGGGCAUCGUCGACUCCCUGAUCGCUUCUCACGAUUUCGACGGCAUCGCAUCUUCCAUCCGUCAAUCCACACUGCGCAUCUUCUCACAUACGGACACAGGAGCAGCAGCAGCUAGUGUUCAAGCCACUCUGCACUUGAUGGCAACUACGGCUCUGUCAGCCCCCGAGAACGCCGCCGUUGACAGUAUCGAGUAUGCUUUGCCGAACAAGCACUACGUACCUAUUGACCUCAAGUGGGCAGGAUUGGAGAAUAUGAAGGAAGACGAAGCAGAGGUGUUCCUGCCGCAGGCUGAUCCCAGUGGGUUGAUCAAAGCAAAGGUUGGGAGGAAGGCAUGACGGCGAGGUAAUGUGGGAGGGCGCUCAAAGACAGGAGCGAUGUGGGUCGUGAGAAACUGCGGGUAAUUGUAGAAGAUGACAGAGAGACUACUUUACAAGUACACAAUCAGACGAACCAAGAUCCUCCUACUACUUCGCUCCGCCACCAUCUCCUUUCGCUGCCCGGCUAGUCCCUUCCUCUUACGAAAUUGGUCUCCCCCUCU